CUUGUGGACGAGAUAAUCAAAAUCACUCCAGAAUUGCAACCUAGUUUGCAAUCUCAGGUUCCCCAAAUGCACAAGGACGCCUAUAGCACAAUGUUAAGAAAGCGGUCAGAAUAUGAGUGCCAGAGCAAGUACUUCCGGUCAAAGGUUGGAGAAAUGCUAGACAAAUAUUCCGCUCAGCAUCCAUGGAAAGGAAAGUAUACACUAGGAGUUAUCUGUGCUGUGGAGAAAUGUGGAUAUUUAUCCACAGAAGGCUUCUUCGUUAAUUUUAUGGCUGAGGGCACCAACGGCAGGAACACACUUUUUUUUGCUGAGUUCUGGGUGUCACACAAACCAGAUGAGUCAAAACCAGAUAUAUGUUGCCCUCUAGACCCUCCAUAUACUGGCCGCUGCUUCUAUAGUAAGAAUUCUGCAAGGAAGAUUGUGUAUCCAGAUUCGGUAAAGUACUUUAUGUGCGAUGUUACUGCACGUGGAGUCGGUAAUGUGGAUGACAUUACAGACACAGAUUUUGUCUAUUUUAAUAGCGAGAAGGAUGCAGAUUUUGUGAAGAAGGUGAACAGCUACUACGCGGAGAACUCGUUUUGCCGGCCAACUGUUUUGGAUACUGACACAAAGAUGUUUGCGUGCAUCAAUUUUGCUGACCAUUAUUCGAUCUCUUCAGUAUCAGAGCCUGGAAUAGGUUUGAGCUUGGGCGAACUUGUUUGAGCAGGAUUAACUGAAAGUUUUUUUUUGGCCGUGCUACUCCCUUUCAUCCUAUUGAACUUGUCUUAUUUUUGACAAAAUUUGGAUGCAUCUAGAUACAUCCAAAUUUCGACGAAGUUAAGACAAGUUUGAUGAGAUGGAAGGAGUAUUUGUGAUGUUCUCUUCACCAAGUGGCGUGGGUCUGCCGCGGUGUGACGAUUGCCUAUCUGCUGUUACUGUUACUUUUUCUUAACUUUGUUGUUACUGUUAUUGUUUAAGCUAUAUAACUACUGAAUUAUUUCAUACGCAAGUUGAUUGACUAUAUCUGA